AUGUCGUCCGUUUUCGGCGCCGUAGGUGCAGGCAAUGGGUCGGGUGGUCGCGGUCCACCUUCGCGUGGGUCAUCGAGCCGACCCGCAACUCCCUUACAGCAGGGAAAACAAGAGAUAUCUAACGUGCUGGUGAACGCGCACCGCAUUGCUGCCGCACCACGAGCCCUCUCCAAAGCGCGAAAGGAUGAACUCGAUCGCACCCAUACAGAACUCAAGAACAGGGGUGAUGUGACGGUUUCGGAGAUCAAGGCAAUCAAUCUCGCUCGAGGCCAAGACCUCCUUCUCGACAAUGAUGAAGUUCAUGUGCUGGUGUACGCCGACAAAAUCCCUCCUGACAACUCCGAGCAGCAGCAUUUGCUCAUCGGGCCAGCAUAUCGAAUGCCGUUGCAGGAGUUCUUGGACGCCUUUCAAGAGCUGAUGGACACUGCGCCGAUCUGCGACGAAACUGGAGAAACCGACACUCUGAUGACAAGGUCUUCAGACGACCAUUCUGGAACUGCGGCACUCACCUCGUCGAUGGCUCGAAUCAGUGUGGCUUCGUCAACAAAAGAUGCGACGACAGCUAUAUCUGUCCCCAUACCAACCUCAUCGCCUGCCGCUUUGUCGGCAUCUGGAGCGGCGCACGAUCUGAGCACGGCGCUGGACGAGAUCGACAUCUCCCAACUUGACCUUGCCUCCAGCGUCUUGUUCGAAGCGAUGCGGUCCAUUGUGAAGAUACCUGAUGCCAAUCCCGCAGACAAAGCCAUGGCCGUUGUUGUUGGCUCAACAUUCAUUGGAGAUGACACGAUUGCCACAGUCACAGAGCAUCCAACCUUCUGGUCGUUCACUCGAUACGCGCUCUCCUGCUUAUUUGCCCUCGAUGAUGAGCAAGAGUUUGUUCGUGAUGGCUGGAUCGCCCACCUUGAUAGGUUGCUCGAGUUGACCUACCAGUGCGAUCUUCUCAACAGGCGAGCCAACAUGAAGAAUAGCUUGGGCAGGCCGGCUGUGCUCAUUUACAACUGGCCAUUGCCAAAACCGCCAACCACUGAGCAACUUUUGCUUACCAAUAUCGCAUUUUCGAACCGACUGCCGUUAGUGCAGGUUCUUGAUGUUCAAGCUGGUUCAGUUGCUUUGACUGUGCUCGUUCCAGACGACAUUACCAUGGCUGAUCUCGGCAAACCACUUGAAGUUGAUGGCCAGAAACUUGUCGCAGUCGGGUGCGAGAUGUCGGUGGACUUUACUCUCCAGCUCGAGGAUAGCGAUCAGACGCCAGUGUUAGCGCAAGAAUUGCUUAUCCGUCCUGAAGCUCGCAACCGACAGGUCGAUUUGUGCAUCACUCAACAAGACGCUGACAAGAUCUCCGCGUCGCAGUGUACCUUCAUGAUUCAACGACUCAAGCGACAAUGCCGAAACAGGACACGAGCUGUGUCUCAGCGUUGUCAUUUGCAUCGUGACUGA